GAGAACGUCAGAGGAAGGUAUAGAUUAUGUCUCUAUCAUGACUCCUAUUUGUGCAGUACCGACCGUCACGACACCCACAGCUACUGCCACUGGCAAGACAGUCCCUACUCCUUCCGUAGCAAUCACGAGCACUGUGACUCAAAGGAGGCCUCGAAUUUCAGGUCUGUGGUGGCGAUGUCGCAGCUGCGGCAAGGAUCCAUGUGAAGGACCAACGGCGACGCAAUGUGGGCAUAUCUUUUGCCAUAGCUGCAUCAUGAAGGAGAUCGUGGAGAAGAUGCAAUGUCCCGUCUGCAGCCAUGUCUUCCUGCUGAAAUUGCACGCGAGGAGAUGAGGAACAGCCGCCUGACGUCAAGCUGUAUGAGUCGGGAUCGAAGCGGGCCAAUAUGCCGGUGUUGUAGGUCUGUGAGUGGGACGUACGAGUAGCUUGCACGGGAAAGAGUGCUUGUUAUGACGGGGGUCAUGAUAAAUUACUCAUAGGUUACACUACUUGCCAGGGCUGCGUCCGCCAGCGUGAUGAUAUGAGAGGUAGUGGGCAAUGGACACGGCGGGAGCGAGCGACGGCGUACGAGGUAACUUAGGUUCUGGGGACCGGACACUGGUGCCAGUUCGAAUUCAUACAGAAUACGAACUUUGUGGCGCCACUGGCAGCACUCUAUAUGUGCAUGUACUAUCCGAUGUACACACCACUUUCCGA